AUGCUUGUAGUUAUUGCAGGCUAUGCAAUUCUUAGUUCUCUUGUUUACUUGGAUUUAUCCUAUAAUCAACUGGAAAAUCUAUCUGAUUUACGCGGAGCUCAAGGACAUCCCUUAACGUAUUUGGACGUCAGAGGCAAUCGUUUGGCAUCAAUUGAUGGUCUUAUUCAAGAUUUAUCUGACCUUAAAAAUCUCAAGGAUCUGAUAAUUUCAGAUGAACCACCGAGCUCUGCUGACAAUCCAUUAUGCUACCAUGCUGUUUGCCUCAACUCCAAACAGUUGACUCUAAAUCACGUGAAUGCACCGCUUAUUCUCUCCAGAAUGUUGAAACAGGUUAAAUGUUCUCGUGGCAUUCAGGCUAUUGGAGACCAUUGUUCUAACGCGCUGAGGCUCGUUUCUCCGAAGAAGGUCCGACAUGUCAUGCUCCAAGUUGGCAUCGGGAGCCAGGAGAGACGGAAACUCAUCUCACAACUCGAUCAGGUCUACGCCAGGUCCUUUUUAAUUACUGCACUUGUGGCUUUUGCGACGUUAUUUCUGGCCUAUGAGGUUUCAAGCGAACUCCAAAUGGAACGUUCGCUUCGACGAAAGUCGGAACAGUUGCACGAGAGUCUCUUGAAAAAGACUGAAAAGCUUGAAGAGAGAAGCAAGCAGGAGCAGGAUCUCUUGUGCGAAAAUCUUAGGCUUAAAGAAGAGCUCGCCAUUGAAGUUAGAAGUAGAAACCUGUUGGAAAAACGGUUGCAAGAUAUUUCUAGAAGGGUCGAGAUGACAGUACAACGUUUUGAAGUCCUGACUGCGUCGACAUUGGACUAUAGCCAAGUCAUUAAAGAAAAACUAGCCCAAAUGGAGGCGGAAAUGGCGAUGCGAGAGUCGAUGUGGACGAAGUCUAUUCUGGAGGCGGAAAGUCGCAUAGACGAGCUGACGCAAGAAGAAAAGACAGUCUGUCAACGGAUUGCAAAGGCGUGUGAAAGUGGGCGGGCUCAGGUGGAAGCCGAGUUGAAGGCAGCCAAAGACAGGUAUGCGCAGCUUGAAGCGGAGUUUCGAAGUGCUCUUCUGACUGAAAGCAAACGCUACAGCCAGAUGUCGAUGCGGGCCGCGGCUGCCGAGGAGGUGGUCCAAAAGCAAAGCCAGGAGCUCAUCGCUGCGAACGAGCAUUUGAACUCUGCAACGGCAACUGUCAAUAACUUAAAAAAAACCAUUGUUGAACAACAGCAAGAGCUCCAACUUUCCGACCAAAACCUCUUGAAUGCUAAGGAUCUGCUCAAAAACAUGAAUAAGACAAUCAAGGAGAUCACCACUCAGCUCUCAGAGGAAGUGAAGGCUAAAAUGAAGUUGAUGGAAGAGCACGAGGAAUGCUGCCUGAUGAAGGACAGGCUGUCGGAACAAAAGGAAACCAUUAGUCGACUGCAGGAGGAAAACAUCGGACUGAAACAGCAACAAGGUGAUUUGUCUAACAACAAUGCGGCUCUGUCUGUUGAAGUCAGUGAGCUGGAAACCAAGUUGGUGUCUGAACAGGACAACGUGCGCAUCAAGAGCAAACAAAUCGACGACCAAUUAGAGACAAUAAAGACCCUGAAGUCGGAGUUGGUGAUUGUGCGGGAAAAAAUUAAAGCCCUCGAAACUGAAUCAAAGGCCCUGGGUGCAUGCAAGGAGGAAAACAAGGAGCUAAGGGAGGUCAUCGACCGUCUGCAUGAUCGGAAGGACGAGCUGAAAGGGACCAUACUUCAGCAGCAGAAUUUCGUAUUCGACUUGCAACGUGAAAACAAAACCCUCAAAUCUGAGCUGACGGAUUGUCAAGAGAAGGCUGCCACGCUCGUGGAAAGGGUGGCUUCUAUUGAAAAUGACUGGAAGUCACGUGUCGAAAUUGUCGAAAGAGAACGGGAUGAAGCUAGAACCAAAAUUAGAACAUUGGAAGAACUUAACAGGGAUUACGAUGAACGCAUUCAGCAAGCCGAGGGUUCAAUGCAAGCUCAGUUAGAAUUUGUGAACGACCGUUUGCGUGAAACGCAGGAAACUGCCCGUAAACGUAUCCACCAGUUGGAAGACGAAAUGAGGCUGAUUUUGCAGGACUCCGCCAACUCGCGUAACACGAUUGAAAAGACACUGAAGUACCUAACCGGAGUGCUGUCGAGUUGA